AAUAGCCCAUCAAAUUGAGUUUCGCACAUCUUAUUAUUCACAACGGUUUUUCUAGGAAUUAUGUUAUUUUAUUCGAGCGAUGAUUAUGGAUAUAGCGCAAACUCAUUUCUAAAAAGAUUUUAAUUAAUUUCUAAUACGACGAGGCAUACAUUUAACAAGCAUCAGUAUGGCGCUCAUGUGAUCACUUCCUGGUUCAGUCUCAGCGCCAUCUGAGUUUCACAGUGCUGAAUCUUGCAACAGUGAGGGGAAGGACUUGAGAGGAGAGGGCCAGACAGGACAGCAGAUACCAUAACAGAAAGGAGACAGUCGUGCCCUAUAUGUUAAGUGAGGAGAAUGCCUUAGCGUUUGGACUGCUUCUCUGAUCACCAACUGUGUGGGACUUCUAAGAGGCUUCAAGGUGAAGUGGUCUCUGUGUGGAGAGCUCAGCCAUAAUCCCAGGCAGCGAGAUAAACCCUACAGAGUAAGCGCACUGCUGCCUGGCUGCAGCUAUGGACUUUGAUGAGAGUGGUCCUCCCUCCUCCUCAGUGACCCCGCUGCUCUUCUCACCAUGCUGAACGAUGCUGCCUCUGUCAUCUACAUUGUGCUGGAGCUGCUGAUAGCCAUACUGUCCGUGCUGGGCAAUGUGCUGGUCUGCUGGGCCGUCUGUCUUAACAGCAACCUGCAGAGCAUCACCAACUUCUUUUUGGUGUCCCUGGCAGUGGCAGACAUUGCUGUGGGAGUGCUGGGUAUUCCCUUCGCCAUCGUCAUCAGCACGGGCUUCUGCUCCAACUUCUAUGGCUGCCUCUUCAUCGCUUGCUUUGUGCUGGUGCUCACCCAGAGCUCCAUCUUCAGCCUGCUGGCCAUUGCCAUAGACCGCUACAUCGCUAUCAAGAUACCCCUCAGGUACAAUAGCCUGGUGACAGGCCAGCGUGCCAAGGGGAUCAUUGCCGUCUGCUGGGUGCUGUCCAUCAUCAUCGGCCUGACCCCAAUGCUGGGCUGGAAUAAGUUCACUGAGCGCCCCAACAGCACCUGCCCCCCAGGCCUGAUGGAGUGCCUGUUUGAGGAGGUGGUGGUCAUGGACUACAUGGUCUAUUUUAACUUCUUUGCCUGUGUGCUGAUGCCUCUGCUGCUCAUGCUGGUCAUCUACCUGCGGAUCUUCAUGGCAGCUCGGCAUCAGCUGAAGCUCAUAGAACUGAAGGCUGUCCACGGGGGGAAGUCCCACUCCACCCUGCAGAAGGAGAUCCAUGCGGCCAAGUCGCUGGCCAUCAUCGUGGGCCUGUUUGCCAUCUGCUGGCUACCGCUGCACAUCAUCAACUGCUUCACACUGUUCUGCCCUCAGUGUACCCGCCCGCCCCUCUGGAUCAUAUACGUUGCCAUCAUCCUCUCUCACGGCAACUCGGUGGUCAACCCCUUCAUCUACGCAUACCGCAUCCAGGAGUUCCGCCACACCUUCCAGAGGGUCAUCCGCCGCCAUGUCCUGGGCCGCCGGGAGCUGUUUGACAGCGAUGGCAGCACCCGCACCUCCACCCACAACAGCAUCAGCGACUCAGUAAGGGUUAAGGCCAACGGCCUCCGCUUCAACCUCUACACCGAGCACAGCAGCAGUAGCUGUGAGAGCUCCCACCCGUCAUAGCCAUAUCAAACCUGCAGGGGGCAUUCUGAAGCCAGCGCCCAUUCACAACCACCCUCUUACCGUGAUUAGCUCCCACAAUCAAAGGGAAAGCCCCCCUGUGCCACAGCCUCUCAGACAGACACAUACACACCCUUUAUGUCAUCCCCUGCAGUAUGGGGACCAGCAGCAGCAGUCUCCUAAAGGACCGGAGGUGGAAGAGAUAAAGGACAGGCAGGAUCUCUCCCUUGUCCAGGUCAAAUCACUGUUCUAUAAACAUAAAACCUGCUUCACUGAGCUCAUCAGACAGCUACAAAGGAUCUUUAUCACCUGGCCUUUGGUGUGAAAUUACUGUGGAUGCGCAAAUUUUUUGGAGUCAGCUUAGAGUAAAUUACUGGGCAGGCAGGAUCACAAGCUGAGGAUCAGAGUUUGGUUGUAUCCCAUGCUAUCCAGAUGGCCUAAUUCCACAUACUUGGAGGCAUUCUAUCGCCAGGGAUUGUAACCGUGGUCCUGAAUGAGUACGAGCCGAGGACCUACACAAAGGCAGGCAUACAAAGCCUACUGUACAUUCACCAUGCGGAAGAGAACAACUUAUUUUGGGGGCAUGAACAAUUGUAUUUAAAUUAGUUUUAGUUAUUUAUGGAAGAAACGUUAAUGUGACUCGAAUGGUUAAAUGUGAUUCUGUUUACGAUGUUUAUUCUCUUGGUCUGUGACGUGUGAGUGGUGCUUAAAUCUGAAUCCUCACAAUUUACUUUUGCUCUUUGAUAACCGGUGAGGUUUUAAUAAAUUACCUUUAUGAUUAUUCAUGUGUAUUUGGGGAUGGCAAGGAUGUUCCAAGUUUGUGAUAAGGGGACAGUACUACUGCAUUGAUUUAGCAUGUUUGUGCACCAUACAGAUGGACGUUCAGGUUUAUGAUCUUGCAAAUGUAUGAAUGCUCAAAAAAUGAUCAGCGUGUUUUUAAAUUAUAAUGGUUUUAAACUAUUUUGAGGAAUAUCUAUACUACUCUGCACUUUCUCUACUUUGCAGUUCUUCCAACUUGUCUAACUGUCAGUAGCACACACCAAAACUGUUGUGCUGAUCAUUGAGAUUACACAGACAAUUAAAUGGUAAAAAUAAUUAAUCAAUGACAUAGAGCUUACAUUAUUCACUGAAUAUACUCUCAAGUAUUACAUAGCUAUGGCAUUCUCUGCAUUCUCACAUUUUCGAACGCUAUA